UGUGGUGUGUUCAGCGUGCUGUGACACCUUGGUGUUAUUGGUGGACCAGGGCCAUGCAGACCUGGAGUACAUCCUCAAUGGUGUCCUCAACCUCCUGCCUUCUGCAAGACACACUCAAGGGUUGAUAAAAGUCAUUCGGCGAUUGUUGGAGAUGCAGGCUGACCAGAGCGAUGGACACUUCACCUGUCCAUAUUCUAUCAGGAGCAGCCCUCACCCGUACGUCACAGCCCUGGAGAACAGAGCGGAGUGCUGGCCGGCUCUGCUGUUCGAGAUCGAUGACUUUAUCCAGAAAGCUGUUGACAGAGAUAAAGCGGCUUAUAUCACCAUGCUGGCCCCCUUCCUUCGGUACCUAUACUGCCAACCUCACAGGCAACCCGAGCACGUGCUCCUUCGACAGAGUCUUCUUAGGGUGAUGCUGCCCAUUCAGGGAGGAUCCAGGUCCGCCCCCCAGAACAAGGAGCAGGAAACGCUGUCCCCAGUGUCUGACAGGCUGCUGCUCUGUCUUUGUCAGCUGGUUCCACACAUGCAGGUGGACAGCGUGGAGGCAGUCCUGGAGCUGUGUGCAUUUGUGGGCGCUCUGCUCCAAGAUCUAACUGGGACCUCUGGAGACCAGUGGAAACCAGAGAAAGCGGCGCUGGCUCUGCAGCUGCUGUGUGCGUGUCGGCGAUGCCUCGAGUUCAACGGAGACUUCAGACCAAUAAUCGGCUUAAUACAGCAGCUGGUUCCAGCCUGUCAGGUGAUCACUGUAAACAAUCAGACAGCAGCAAAAAUCAAGAAGCCGCGCUGCUGUGCUAGUUAA